AGUAACGAAUAGGCUAGAAGUGUUUCUCGUAUCUAUCUGCUCGUAUCACCAUGGCUCUUACAUUGUCGGUCGUUCUGUUGUGCGCCGGAGUCGUUCUGGGAUCCGUCCAUCCCCCAGCAUAUGGCCAUCACCCACAGGCCGCUUAUGGCCAUGCGCCUGCUUACGGUCAUUAUGCUCCUGCUUACGGCCGCCAGCAUGCUUACUGCGACCCAACGGUUGCCCCAGCAUGCGUUGCCAACUCCACUCUCUCCUACUGCUUGGAAGAUACUGAGUAUCCGGAGUAUGAGGUCAAGGCUGCCAUCACUGCCGAUCACCUGUUCGCCAAGAAGUACGCUGACGUCGCCGACCAGUCUGCUGAUGACCUGGUAGACAUGCUUACCAAGGACCAGGAGGAGGCCUUCGACUACUCUUACUACACUGGAGCUCCACUGGGGACUCUCCUACGAUGCACUCACUGGUGGUCCUGA